AUGCUUGUCGGCAGACCAAGUCAAAAUGCGAUAGCGGCAGGCCUGUUUGUGGGCGCUGCGCAGCUCGGAGUGUCGAAUGCGUGUACACGCAGACCGUCUGGGACAAGCGACUGGAGCGCCAAGAAGAUCGAAGGGAACCACAGGGCACUGUUGGUGUUGAGAAACAGAGUCAAUGAACUCGAGGCUCAGCUCGCCGUGGCGUCCACGUCGGGACAGGCUCUAGAUCCAACUUUCUACGACCAGGGGAUAUCGUCACUCGCUAAAGAAACUGCCGUUGAAGUCUCAGAGGUCGACAGCCUGGAUACAAACCCUGAAUCUGCCGCCGAUAUUCUAGCCACCGGUGCUUUUGACCGCCUCACCCCAGCCGAGAUUGGGUACUUUGGACCGAGUUCAAACCACGCCUUGUUUCGGUCCAUGACCGUCUUCAUCACCAAAUUAGGCGCCCGCGACUCUCAUCUUUUCCAGGAAAACCCACCCGGUGAAAGGUUUGGCCCCUCACUCCAAGUACCAGUUUCGGGACCCGAUCAUUCCGCAAGGCGAGACGCCGAAGAAGGCUUCCCAAAUGCCCAGACAUGCAUCGAAUGGAUUGCGAGAUUCUUCGACACCGUUGGCUCGGUGCUGCCAUACAUUAGCGAAGCACCUUUGUUGAGAGAGGCGAACCGAAUGGGUGCUAGAAUAUGGAACGACUCGCCACAUUCACGGUCUACAAAGGCGUUGCUGUACAUUGUUUUCGCUCAUGCUCUGUCCACGCUCGAUGAUGCAUCGCCUGAACCUUUUUACCACCGAUCCCUAGGAUUGCUGAUGACGAACGAGCAAUCCGUCUUCAGCUGGAAUUUGGAGACAGUCAUAGCCUUGCUCCUCGUUGGCAGCUACCAACAAAACAGCCAGCGCGCCAUGACCAGUUUGACAACUCAUGUUCUCGCAGUCAAGGCUUCAUAUCAACUCGGUCUUCACUCCCCGUCAACAUACGAAGGCCUGGGCGUGCAGGAGAAGGAGCUUCGAGUGAAGGUGUGGUUUGCCGUGGUGAUUCAGGACAGAGUCUUGAGUGCGGCCCUCGGACGGCCGGUUCUCAUCCCCCCACAAUAUGUCCAGGUUGACAUCCCAGAGAGCAUUGAUCCUAGCAAGUACACGGCGGGAACUGUCACCAUGUCAUCUUCCCUCAAGAGCUCGAUAUACUACAGUCAUCUCAUAUCCUUACAUCAAAUCGUGGGAAUCACGCUGGACUCAAUUUACAGUUCCAACAUAGGAGCUACCCAGAUGCAACCGAGGGAUCUCACUCUGAAGGCCAUCGAGUUGCUGGAUCAACUAGAGCGCUGGCGUGAUCACAACGCUCAUUUUGCGAUCCUAAGCUCUAAAUCUGACCUGUCUUCGUGGUCUGCCGACAUGUUCCAGCCAGAAGCUCAUGUUAUACUUCUGUCUCUUUUCUACUACAGAACCGUCAUGUUGGUCAGUACACCUGUUCUCAUGGCGGUUCUGGAACAAGUCACAAAUCCUGCCUCUGGCAGCGAGUUGUCCGGGAUGCUAAAGGACGUUUCGGCUUCCGUGCUGAAAAGAGACUGGGAGGCGAUACGGGGAUUUCAGAAAACUCUUUCCGCUAUUCUACGGAAUGCGCGGCCGUUUCUCAAAGCCAAUGCGGUAUGGUGGGUGUGUAAUUUUACAGCGCUUACCGUGUGCUGGCAUGGCUUGGGAUUGUGGUUGGUUUGUAUGCGCUCGGCAAGUUUGCCACAAGCAAUCGGUAUCACAAGCUCAGAUGCCGAAACUUUCAUGGUCGAAGGCCUCGAGACGCUGAAGUCAGUGGGAGGGUCCAGCAUUAUGACUGGCAAGGCACAUCGCUUUUUACAGCGCAUACUACAUUUGAUAAAGACGAUGGGCCUCAACCCAAGUGACCAAGAGGGCUUGGCCGAGUCUGCUGGCAUUCCCUUAUCCAAGGAUGCCUUGCCCUCCGACAAUUUCCUGGACUUUAUGUUUGGUUCGGUUGAUGAUUUGUUCUGUCAACUGGGCGACAACGAUUUCUUAGGGGGCGAGUUGCUCAGCAUGGAUCAGGACAUCAGUAACUACGAUGCGGGGGGCUUUCUGUAG